CUCUCUCUCUCUCUCUCUCCCAUUCUGCAACCUCUCUGUGUCUCCGUCACUCUUCAUAUUCCCCAUCUCUCUCUCUCUCUCUCUCCCCAUUCUGCAACCGCAUAUACCUCUCUGUGUCUCCGUCACUCUUCAUAUUCCCCAUCUCUCUCUCUCUCUCUCUCUCUCCCCAUUCUGCAACCGCAUAAAACUCCCUGUAUUUUCUUUCAUUGAGGAGCAAACUCUUGCUCUUUCUCCUUCCACCCCUUAAAUUUGAAGAAACGCUUGGUAUCUCUCUCUCUCUCUCCUCUGCGACUAAGGAGACAGAAAUCAUAUAAAACACAUCUCCCUCUCUCUCUCUCUCUCUCACUGCAAAUCAGGAUAUUUGAAAACAAAACUCUCUGUCUCUCUCUCUCAAGUUGAGUUUACUGCCACAAACGUUACCACCCAUUUGCAUUUCAUCUCGUCUCUGGCUUUCUAGACCCUAAAAUACCACUAACAUUUUCUCUCUCUAUCAUAAAGGCCACUGAGCAAUGGCCAAAGGUCUCCAGAAAAGCUUCUUUCUCUGCAUCUCCACCCCCAAAACCACCAAAACCCGCGCAGAAAAAGACCCCAAAACCUCUCCCUUCAAAACCUUCAACUCCCUCUUCGACCCCCUCGCCGCCCAAAGAGACCCCAAAACCUUCAACUCCCUCUUCGACCCCCUCGCCACCACCGCCUCCGCCAAAUUCACCAACAGCUCCGACUACCCUCCCGACUUCACGUCCAAAUCUAGCAGGAGCUGCUGCUCCUCCAACUUCACCGAAAUUCCACCAAAUUUAGCAGUGUUGCCAACUUCUCGGCGCUUCUUCUUCUCCCCUGCCAAAUCCAACUCCUUGAUCGAUGACAUAGGCAUCGUGGAUCCGCCGCUGGAAAAUUAUCAGGAGACUUCUCCGGCGAGGCCGGAGAUAUUGGGUGGAGCUGAGGCGGUCAAGACGCAUUCGUCGGAUCCAUACAUCGAUUUCCGGCAAUCCAUGGCCGAGAUGAUACAGUCUAGGCUGGUGGCGGGCUUAGUGAUGGACUGGGUUUAUUUAAAGGAGCUUCUUUCAUGUUAUCUCAGGCUUAAUGAGAAGGAUUCACAUAAGUUUAUAAUGGGGGCUUUUGCUGAUCUCGUGGUGAAUUCGGUGUUCGAAAAUGGACGGAAGUCUGAGUUUUCCGGUGAGUUUGGGGCUGAUAGGAUGGCCGGGAUUUGAUAUUAACGAUGAUUACUGGGUUGGUGAGUUGCCGGGAUCUGAGGCUUCUCCAAAUGGGAAUGAUAUUUUUGGAGGUUUCGGUAUAAUUUCGGCCGAAAUACGCACUUAGCACUAAGAAGGCCAAUGGUAUAGAGUACUAUAGACUGUGAGUGAGAGAAUGACCGAAAAUUACUGUUAAUUUGUUACGCAAAUUCCUUCUUCCAAAUAUUGCUGGGAUUAGGUGGAAAGUGGUAGCACAACUUCAAAUACUUGAUCUCAUACAUAAAAGUGAUUGUGAUCUUUUGUAUCAAAGAUAAAAUAGUUUACCUACAUUUAUUUCUUUUUA